UCAGCAGCGCCGUCGCGUAGCCUUUCGUGCUCAAAUGCCUUUGGGAUUAUCUUCACAUCGUACCAGGCACACCCGAGUGGGUAUCAUCCUUUUCUUCGAAAGCUCUUCCUCGGCCCGUUCGCGUCGUGUUGUCACAGCAUCGCAAGACUGGAGAAGCGGAUAUGGCCGACUCCAUGAGUAGGCGAAGCGCCUGCGAUCGUUGUCGGCGACAAAAACUCCGCUGCGUUCGCAUCUUUCCAGGCUUUCCAUGUCAGCGAUGCGAAAAUGCAAAAUACAUGUGCUGCACCAGCCAGUCUACGUCGGUGGGAGACACAGGCAGCUCCGUUGAUUCUGGACCGCCGCACUCAAGAGUACAGGCUGGCCAUCCGUCCAGGCAGGGAUCGCAGCCCUGGCUUGAGGAUUUGUCCACCGCGAACAGCGACUUCAACGACUACUUGAAGUUCCAUCUCUCAGAUCUGGAUGACGCUGAGCUGGAGAUGUUCGAUGGGGACCGUGGGCUAGCGCAGCUGACUGGGGUGCCUCAAGGAUGGGAUCGUGAGCAAAUGGACUUCGCCAAUAACAAGGUACCAUCCCGUGGACCCUGGGAGACGAAUGCGGUGAAUAGCCUUUUUCAAAGCUCACUUACGACACCCGGUACCGCUCCGUUGAAUUUGCAAUAUCCAAACGCCAUCUCUAAAUCAGACCAGAACCGGACCGGACGGCCAGGAAUCGCAUUCGAAUCUCAUCUUGGCCGUAUCGCUGACCCGAACCCAUCAAGUCGAAGGUACGAAGGGAAUAGCAUUCCGGCAUCCGCAAGCUCGAAGUCGCCUCAGGAAGAGAGGGACUUCGCUCAUGAGCAUUGUCAGUCUGGACAAAUGGAUGACGUGAAGAUAUUCACAACGAAAAUACUCGAUUGUAGCAAGCGCAUGACGGCAGGUAAUGAGGAAUUCGUCCAAGAGCGACGGAAUUCUUCAGGCAUGUCCAGAGCAAGCUCCGCAAACACGGGAUCGACAGGCCCGGGCUUCUCCGGUACUAGAAGAUUCAUUGAGAUGAUCUUUAGUGAGUCUCAGGCAUUCUCGACAGUCCUGCGCCGCAUCCAGUAUCAACAAUUCAAAGCAGCUGCAAGUCGAGAUUCUCGAUCUUCGCCGUCAUCACAGAUGUCGUUACAGAUGUCGUUACAGAUGUCAACGAUGCCUUCACCAGAGCAAUCUGAUAGAUCUUCCCAAGAUGCGCACGAUCCGAGCGAAUUUGCUCUUGACUUCCAAUGCUCGUUGGCCAUCGUCUCUUGCUACGCAAGCAUGAUACAGGGUUUUGACAAAGCCUUUCAGGAGAUCUUGACUUUGAUGAAGGAGGCAGAGCAAAAUGGACACAUCGCAGGACUUUCGGAUUGCAUUCCUAACGUGUCCGUUGGAAGAGCGGACUGCGGAAGUGGUUCGACCAUCCAGAUCAUGUCCCUGACGUAUAUAGGCUUAGCGAUCAUAGAAAACAUAGAGGAUCUGAUCGGAAUUACAACAGCACCGGAAUGUUCGAGAGAUGGUCUGCUUUGCGGAGUGCAAUCACAAGGCUUGCUCGAUGCGCUCUUCGGACAGAAGGAUCUCGCCCACCAGGAGACUGAUGGAACCCGUGUUGCUCGGGUGAAACGUACUAUAGAGGACAUUCAAGAAGCAAGCAGAAUCGCGCGACGGAGAUAAUGUCUCUACGUGUCUGAGCCGCAGUAAGAAUUCAACUAAAUAUUAUCGCACUGCCCAUGCUCCUCGAACCAAGUGGCACCAUAACACCAAGUCCCGGCCUAUCCUCGAAGUCG